CGUUUGGAUCUGCAGCUCCGUCUGCAUUCGGAAGCCCUUGGUCUAUACUUUCAAUCGCCCUCCGUUUGUCUUUGUAUGCGCCGCACCACUCCCGCGCCUAGCUCCUGGUCCGGCUGCCUCAUGGUGUGAGAGUAACAUUUGAUUCAUUCGAAGAGCCAAUCCCUGCCUUUUUUGCCAGUCGUCCUCACGUCGUCACCUUGACUGGAAACGCCCACGAUGAACCGAUUCCUCACCAAAAAGAAGAACGUAGACGCGGCUUCGAGCCCGCUGUCACCGCCAACAAGUAGCAGUAAGAUAUGGAAGAAGAACAAGAAAGAGGUCGUAGAGGAGAAGCCUCAACUCGACCUGGGAAGUGCUCUGCCGUCAAUUGACGACUUCCGCACCAGUCUCAUCAUGCCGAACCUCUCGACCAGAUUCAGCAUGCUCAGAGAGCAAGACGACCCGCACUCGUUGCUCGGAAAGGCUUCGGAUGAUAGUGUUCUCCAGCCUCAACGCAACUCUCGCCUGCUCGACUUCGGCUUCUCAAACAACAACAACCUCAAUGAUAUUGCCGAGGUUGCCUCGAUCAACAGCUCUAUCCGUCCACCAUUUGCUCUGGACCGAACUGGCUCUUUUGCGUCCGAGGAGGGGUACGGCACCGAUAACAACUCCAAUCCAGAUGGCGGUGUCAUGAGCCGUGCCCGACCAGGAGAAGGAAACGUGCUGUUUGGAGGUCGACAGAAGGUUUACAAGAUUGCCACAGGCUCCGCAAAGAGCAUAGGAGGCCAAAGCGAGCGUGGCAUGGGAGGAAAGAUGGUUUACGACGAUGAUCUGAACAUGUCAGCUUUCCAGAAAUACAGACAGCAAGAAAGAGAGAGGCUGCUUGCCAUGGGUGCCGAUUGGGACAGCGACAGUGCUCUGAUGUCCCCUGACACUGAACCUGAACAUCGUGGCUCAGAAGAUCUCCCAAAGGGUCUUGGUCUGUCCGGAACCGAAACUGGCUUCUCCUUUCUUAAGCGCAACAGCGAUUCAACGACGAACUCGAUUCCUUCUCAGGAUCCUUCCUCGUCCACUGCAACCUCGGUCGCCUCGCAAUCCAUCGGAACUGCCAUCUCCACUCCGGCAACCCUUCCAAAGACAUCACCAAACCCUACAGGUCCUGGACUGGAGCGCUCUAUGACCAAACGUCGUUUAUACGAGCAAGGCCUUAACCAACACAUUCAAGACCAACAGGCCUCGACCAUGUCACGUCUUAAUUCUAUCAACCAGCGACAACGUGCUCCGACGCUACCAUCUGCUCUCAACCACUCCAGAAGUAUUGGAAACCUACAGGAUCGUCGUGCAUACAAGCCAUAUGCCCUGCAUAACACUACGAGCCCGCCACUCAGAAAUGGUGUGCCUCCCCUCAACACACUGGUGAGCAGAGUGGCCUCCAGCACAUCCAGUCCGACUGUUUCUAGUUACCCGCAAUCUCCUAUCAGUCCUGUCAUUCCCGAGACGGAGGAGUACCAAGUCUUACACUCGGCCCUCGAGCAAGCCGAUCACGGAAAGGCAACUGCCUUGGGCAUGUUCAACAAGCCAGCGCAGAAGUUUGAUGAACAUCAGUAUCUCAAGCGACAGAUGCAGAUGGGUCAGCCCAAAGAUGAGUCUCCCAAAGAUACGCCCGUCAAACUGUCACCCGUCAGCCAGAACGAGACGCCUAGACAAGUCUCACCGGAACAGCCUCCUGUCAGCAAGUUCAUGUCGAGGGAGGGUGCUACCUCGAGACAAGCAUCUACGGAGCACACUCCUCAAAACGCAAGGUUGGCUCGCUUUGACUCCGCCAGACAGGAGAGUGCGUCGCGUGCGUCUCAGAGAUCGCGCUCUCGCUCUGUGUCUCGAGCACAGCCUGCUGUUGAGCAACCGCCAAUUAAUCCUGCACUCGCGGUUUUCCAGAGAGCUGCUAUGCAAAACCGUGUGGCCCAUGGAGACUCACCAGAGCAGGCUGCAGUUGCCACAUUCGACAACAGUAACCGAACCUUCUUCGGUGAUAGCGACGAUGAGGACGAGCUCGAGGAACCGACCAGUCCCCCAGCCUCGGCUCCGUUCGCUGGUCGCUUUGGAUCUAACAACCAACCGCCCGCUUCUCAACAUCCAGCUCUGCGUGACGAUUAUAUCCCUGAAGUAGACGAGGAGGAAGAGGAAGAGGAAGAGCGUACUGGCUUCCCAUUCCCCGAGCCAUCUAUUCACAUCGCACAUACCGAGGCUGGUGCCGAAGAGCGCGCAGAGAUUGAUUCACCAACUAUUGGUCCUAUACAUGAAGGCAUUGGCGGAAUGAUCAGCCAGCAUUUACGAAACACGAGUGAUGUUUCUUCCAUUUACCCACCUAAUCCAUCUUACGCCGAUGGUGCAUCAACGAUCAGUCGAAACACGUAUCUCUCAGAUCGUCGCCUCUCAGGCAAUUCUAGCGCCUGGAAUCUUGACGAGCUCGACAAUUACUAUGGAGAUAUCCCUUCCCGAAUCUCGACAAACUCAGCAAGCGCUGCUCCUCAAGGACUCACACCUCUUCCUCUGAAGACCAACGGCACAUCAUCGCGACCUUCGACUUCGGAUGAGAAUGUUGACAAUGCUCCAUGGCAGAACGAUUACAAGCCUCAGCAUACCCGUGACGCUAGUACUGCUACUCAAGCAGAGCGGGAGGCUUUUGCUAAUGAGCUUGCGGCCCGUCAAAAGGCCAUUCAGGAAAAGAUGAGGAGUAUUGUUGAGAGCGACAGCCGUGGACCUAGCCCAGGCCCCAGCGCAAGUGGUGCACUCAAGGCAUUCGGUAUGCUCAAGGCUAGACCCAGUCAGGAGACUAUGAACCUCAAGCAAGGUAACGGCUCAACAAGAAUGCUCGGUCUUGGUCUUUCAGGCGCUCAUCCCAUUGAACGUAACCCAAGCUACGAAGACAAGUUGCCCCAGCCUCCAAACGUCGGUGCGCAAUGGCCUCUCGGUCCUGGGCCUGUCGUUCCCAGCCCCAGACCUCAGGCAGACAGCGAAAUCGGCCGCACACCUCCACAGCAGGCUAGGGAGAGGUCGCGCAACCGAUCAGGCUCAGAUGCUUCCCGUGCACGAUCACGCAGUCGCGGUCGUGGUGAGAUUGGCAUGGCAGUCAGCGCUGCUAGCGACACGCCUCCUGCAAUGCCUGUGCAGAGACCUUCUCCUGAAAUCAACCAAUAUCGGUCAACGUCAACUGAAGGUAGGGGCCGCUUGAGAAGCAACAGCAGAGCCGCGGGGUUGCACCCUAGCGCACGACCACCUAUGGGUCCAUCGCCAUCUCAGUCACCAGCAAGUUUCAACUCGGUCAUGUCUCCACCUCUAGGCACAGCCUCAACAGCAUCAAGGACACCGUUCCAAAAGUCAAGUCCUGCACCGAUGCCGUCUGUACCACUCGGCAAACCUAGAGGAGAAAUGCUACGCAAGAAGACCAUCAACAAGUUUGACAUUUCUGAGCCAACGCUUGUGUCAUCGACAUCCAAUAUCGAUACUGUCGACUUGCCUGCCGGGGCAUCUCUCAAGAAUGGCAUGGAUGAAAUCUACGCGAUCGAGCAAGCAGCAGUGGUUUCACGCCGACGCAAGCUGUUUGGCUUCGGUAGAGAUGGAUCAUCCGAGACCUUGAGAGAGAAGGCCAACGAUGGUGUCACAUCGCCACCAUUGAACGGUUUCACUUCACCACCCAUGCGCUCCAUUGUGCCAUCAUUUGGGUCGCAGGAGCACAUGGGUUCGCGCAAGCCUUCUGCCGAGGCUGCUAGCACUCACCACCAACCACUUCGCACAAAGCAAAGCUUCGAAACUAGCCACACAACUCAUACUACACAAACAGCGGCAGGUAGCGCUCGCUUUGACGCUGUUGGCUCACCAGUCCUCAACGAGGCAGGCAUGUUCUAAGCUCACACCACUCGACACUUCCAGGAGUGAUUCCAACCCCGUCCACUCAUUCUCGCAAUUUCUCAUUAAUCUUUGUUUUCCGAGAAAGGAGGUUCAAUUCUGUUCAUAAGUUAGGGUUCAAAAAACAA